GAGGCACGACAGGAAGUCAAUUCUGGUUCCUGGGUUAAUGUGCUCGGGCAGGAGCGGGUGCCCUGUGCCGGGAGCGGCCGCGGGCUCCCCGAGGCGCUCGUUUCCAGUUCCCAAGAUGAUGGCAAUCUAACUUACAGAAUAUUUCCAUUGAAGAAGCUGUUUUGAAAGCAGAAAUAUGUAGAGAACUACUUGCUGCUGGAUGGGAUUCUGUGUUCUCAUAUGAACCUAUGAGAGAUCUAUUAACUUGACCAUCUUUUCAGUGAUGAAACAACUUUGGAAAUUAUGGAUAAAAACAUUGGAGAGCAGCUUAACAAAGCUUAUGAAGCCUACCGACAAGCAUGCAUGGAUAGAGACCACGCUGUAAAAGAACUACAGCAAAAAACAGAAAGCUACACGCAGCAAAUACGUGAACAGCAGGAAAAGAUAGAGCUUCAAAACAGCAUUAUUGCAAAACUGAAAUCACAGUUAGCUGCUCUGAAUGCUAAUAGAGGUAAUGCCCAUCCCUACAUUCUAAUGCACGAAGAUGUUGAAACUUCCAACUUAUCUUUCAGCCAACUCUCUGAAAAACUGAACGUAGCAAAGCAAAGAGAAAAACUGUUGAAGGAACAGUUAGAAAGUGAGAGCAUGAAAUUGAAGCAACUGGAGGACAAAAACAAUCAAAAGGAAAGGAAGCUUAUAUCCAUUAUUUGCAACCAAGAAGAUAAAAUAAGAACUCUGAAAAGCAAAUUGAAAGAAUUAAAUGAAGCACAAAAGGGUAUACAGAUGCCAACGUAUAAAAGGGAGGUGGAGAGAGUUGAUCCAGAUAAGCCUGAAUUAUCUCUAAGGAUCUCUGGUAUUUCACCUAUGCCUGAAAGACAUCUGCCUUUGGCCACUUUCAGACGUAGGCUAAGUGACCUGUGUGGAUCUGACUUGCUACUCCUUUAUGAAAAUAAGAGAGGGAAUAAGACCUUGAUGGAGAAUCUGGAAACUAUUUUCCAGGAUGUGAAUGAGGAGUGUCAUCGAAUAUGUAUGCUAGCCAGAGAACAAACAGACCAACUGAGUAAAUUUAAGAUAAAGCCAGAACCUGAAACUGAAAUACAGUUUUCCAUGCCGAUACAGUGCACUGAUAAAACUGAUGAACAAGCAGAAGAGUUUUUUAAGCCUCGGGUUAUAAAGGAUAUAAAUAGAGGUGCAUCAUGCAUCACAUCUAUCACACCAAGAGGAGUGGGCCAAGAUGAGGACAACAACUCUGUAGAAUCACUUUCUAAAUUUAAUGUCAAGUUUCCACCUACAGACAAUGACUCUGCUUUCUUGCAGAGCACUCAGGGAAAACCAACGGUUCCUUGUACUGGUAUGGCUGAAAACAUGCUUCAAGAUCAUCAUUUUAACCUGGAGCACAGAGACCGUGCUGUUAGUAAAUUGGAACCUAACUCAUUUGAAGCUCAUGGAGUUGAUCUCAUGACCUCAGCUUUACAAAGCUUAACUACUGUUGACAAAACAAACCCCCCAAAUCAUGCAAACAUGCCCAUAGAAAAUACCCGUGACAAAACAUGUUUACAAACUAUAGACACUGGUUUCACAUUUGCACCUAAGAACACAAACCAUGGUGUACCUGAAGUAAUUUCUUCUUUAGAAGCUGCUGGGACAACCAUCAGAGGUCCUCACCAGCCCAUUUGGCAGCCUGGAGACAAUGAUUUGCUGGCACAAUCAUAUACAGACUCUGAACUGAAUCAGUGUGGAAUGUGUGCAUUCUGUCGCGAAGUUUUCCCACCAUCUAUAACAUCUAAGGAAGAUUUUUUCCGGCAUCUGAAUUCCCAUUUUAAAGUACAGUCUUAAUGUAUGAGAAUUCAAUGGAUCACUGCUUUUGCAUACAUUUGAUUUCUUUAAUUCAACAGAUGUGCUAAGAAUUUAAGAAUUAAGACUUCUUGUAACAAGUACUCAUUACUGAAGUUUGUCAGAUAAGCCCAUUUUUAAUUGUCCUUUGACAAGAUGAAAUGAAACUGAGUCCCUUGGUACUGUAAUUCACAUUAUUGCUUGUUAUGUUUCAAUAUUGCCUUUGAGAGUGAUGUUAAACACUUUUCUUUUUUUCCAAUUAAUCAUUGCCUGAAUAGGCUCAAAUUCAUUAUUAUAUUUAUGGGUGUCAACUUUAUUAAGGGAGGAUUAAUGCCUUAAUCUGUCUGUGGAAAAUUAUGUAAUGCUAGGGGUUUUUUCUCAAUAUCCAGUGAUGUGGUGGUGUUCUCCUUGAAGUAAACAGGAAGAAGAGUAGGCUUUUUUCAUUUCCAUUAUAAAAUUUCUAAACUUAACUUACAAUAAUGAACCUCUUAAUUCAGAUUCUUGUAAAAUCAUGACAAUAUCUGAAUGCCAGGUGACACAAAGAUAGGAUAGGCAUGUUCAAUAGUAACAUAAAUCAAUGAUUGACUUUCCCAGAUUGUUUACUAGAGAGAGAAAUCAAACACAGCACAUAAAUGACCCCUUUGCCAAAAUGUAACAGUAGCAAUUUUAUGGCUAUCUACUAAUAUAUUAUUUUUAAAACCCUCUCUAGCAGUAAUAAUUAGUAAAAAAUAUUUUCAUGGAAAAGGUUAUAUUAGUAUGAAGGAUAGAGUGAGAGAAGGUUAAACUUUCCCUGAAACUAAGAAUACUAAAGAUUAUUUAGCUUUCCUUCUGGUCUGCUAUAAGAGAUUACUCAAGUCUGUUACAGCCUAGAAAGGAAAGGGCAAAACCUAAUCACCCAAUCUCAGUGACUUCGUUUUUAACCUGAAUAUGCUUAGUGGCUUUCUCCAUGCAUUUUUAAUUUGUGUUUAGUUGAAAUACUGCAUUCUGAUAAAGUCUGCAUGUUUCUGGAUUUGGAUCAAAUUAAAAAAGGGAGAUGGGGAGCGUUACUCCGUAGAUUAAAAUAAUGAUAAAGGGUGACUUAGAGCUUUUCACAUUUGAACUGAAUAUAGGUUUUAGACCUGAUACUUGAUAAUUAGCAUUAAUAUUUUCAUAGCAGCAAAGCACAAGUUUCUUUUUUUUAAAGAUUUGUUCACAGGUGACUGAUUUCUGGAAGAAUUAGCACCUGCAUAAUUUUUAGAAAUGCAUUUUUCUGCAAUUGUUUUUUCUAUUUGAAACAUCUCAUGUUUAUGACUGGCUGUCAACAGAGUGUACUGUAAUAAAAACCGGUGUACAGUGCAUGUCUGCUACAUGACCUGGAGAAAGGGUUUGUUGCUCUGAGCAGCCCCAGGCCCCCACCGGUGCCCAGCGCCGAGAUCACACUCAGCCCCGGCCCCACCGGGCAUCGUGUGAAGUCCCUCCCCAGAGAACAAGGCUGGGGAUCCGGCCUCGGAGAGACAGAGGUUUCUGGGUUGGGAAGAGAGGAUUCACACAUCUCCAGCCAGCCCGACACAAAACUGACUUGUCCGCUCAACCGUGAAAUUCGAGCUGAGGAGCUCGCGUUAUUAAGAGAUGAACAAACUGCGAAUCACUUUUAAAGAAAAUAAAGU